GCACGGUGCCGCUGGCGGGGCAGGAAGAUGGCGGCCGGCAUCCGCGAGAAGCAGACAGUGGCUUUGAAACGAAUGCUGAAUUUCAAUGUUCCUCCUGUUAAAAACAGCACAGGAGAACCAGUGUGGAAGGUUCUCAUUUAUGACAGAUUUGGCCAAGAUAUAAUCUCACCUUUGCUGUCAGUGAAAGAGCUGAGAGAUAUGGGGAUCACUUUGCAUCUGCUUUUGCAUUCAGAUCGGGAUGCUAUUCCAGAUGUUCCAGCUGUUUAUUUUGUGAUGCCAACAGAAGAAAAUAUUGACAGAAUGUGCCAGGAUCUUCGAAACCAGCUUUAUGAAUCUUAUUAUUUAAACUUUAUUUCUGCCAUUUCAAGAAGUAAACUGGAAGAUAUUGCAAAUGCUGCCAUAGGUGCUAAUGCAGUAACUCAAGUGGCUAAGGUGUUCGAUCAGUAUCUUAAUUUUAUUACUUUAGAAGAUGACAUGUUUGUAUUGUGUAACCAAAACAAAGAACUUGUUUCCUAUCGUGCCAUUAACCGACCAGAUAUAACAGACACAGAAAUGGAAACUAUAAUGGACACUAUUGUUGAUAGUCUCUUCUGCUUUUUUGUUACACUUGGAGCUAUUCCUAUAAUCAGAUGCUCAAGAGGAACUGCAGCUGAAAUGGUGGCAGUGAAAUUAGAUAAGAAGCUCAGAGAGAAUCUAAGAGAUGCCAGAAACAGUCUUUUUACAGGUGACACACUUGGAGCUGGCCAGUUCAGCUUCCAAAGGCCCCUGUUAGUCCUUGUUGACAGAAACAUAGAUUUAGCAACUCCCCUACAUCAUACAUGGACAUACCAAGCUUUAGUGCAUGAUGUUCUGGAUUUCCAUUUGAAUAGAGUUAACUUGGAAGAAUCAACAGGAACAGAAAGUUCUCCAGCAGGUGCUAGACCUAAGAAAAAAAAUAAGAAGUCCUAUGAUUUAACUAUGUCUGAUAAAUUCUGGCAAAAACAUAAGGGCAGUCCUUUUCCAGAGGUAGCUGAGUCAGUUCAGCAAGAACUGGAAUCCUACAGAGCCCAGGAAGAUGAAGUCAAAAGGCUUAAAAGUAUCAUGGGUAUAGAAGGGGAGGAUGAAGGAGCAAUAAGUAUGCUUUCUGAUAAUACAGCUAAGCUAACUUCAGCUGUCAGCUCUCUUCCAGAACUUCUGGAAAAGAAGAGGCUCAUUGAUCUUCAUACAAAUGUUGCAACAGCCGUUUUGGAGCAUAUAAAGAGUCGAAAACUGGAUGUGUAUUUUGAAUAUGAGGAAAAGAUAAUGAGCAAAUCCACUCUGGAUAAAUCUCUUCUGGACAUGAUUUCUGACCCAGAUGCGGGAACUCCAGAAGACAAAAUGCGAUUAUUUUUGAUCUAUUACAUAAGCUCAGCUCAGGCACCUUCAGAGAUUGAUUUGGAGCAGUAUAAAAAAGCAUUGACGGAUGCAGGUUGUAAUCUUGCUCCUUUGAGCUACAUAAAACAAUGGAAGGCUUUCACUAAGAUGGCUUCAGCUCCCACCAGCUAUGGAAACACUACGCCUAAACCUUUGGGUCUGCUUUCACGUGUUAUGAAUACAGGAUCACAGUUCGUAAUGGAAGGAGUGAAGAACUUGGUACUGAAACAACAAAAUUUACCAGUCACACGUAUAUUGGACAACCUUAUGGAGCUGAAGUCAAACCCUGAGACAGAUGACUACCGGUAUUUUGACCCCAAGAUGCUGCGAGGCAGUGACAGCUUAGUUCCAAGAAACAAAAAUCCAUUCCAGGAGGCGAUAGUUUUUGUAGUUGGAGGAGGCAACUAUAUUGAAUACCAAAAUCUUAUUGACUACAUAAAGGGUAAACAAGGCAAACACAUCCUGUAUGGCUGCAGUGAACUUUUUAAUGCUACACAGUUUAUAAAACAGCUGUCCCAACUUGGCCAGAAAUAAGACUGGAACACCAUUACCUGGAUGGCGAAGUGACAACAGAGAAUUAUUACAACAUUCAGAUAUCUUCAUAACUAUAAUUUUGUCAUUAUAUUAAAGCUUAACCCCAUUUCAUUCAUAUGAUAACUUUUAAAAAUACCCAUAAUUAAUAUGUUGUAUAUCAACAUUUCAGAAAUAAACCUUAAAACUUGCUAUGUUUUUAGUGGGGGUUGGUUUCACAUUAUUACAUUCUAAAUGCAGUGUGAGCUAUGGUGUAUGACAGAACUGGCUGAAAAGCACAGCAUUUUCAAGUUUUUAUCUAUAGUUUCUGUUAUAGUAAACAAAGCAAAAGCUUGAAGAAAAGGUCAAGUCUGUCUUUAGGAGAUGUUUUCUUCUUGAAAGCCAGACUUUCUUUAACAGAAUUGAAAAGGACAAAACUGCCUUUUAGGACCACAGACAAACAGCCUUAGUGCAAGAGAACUACUACAAGUUCUUACCCUUUUCUUUUACCAAAGCAAUUAUACUUGUACUUAGAUUUGUGCAGUCGUUUCUUGAUGGUCCAAAGAUACACUUGACGUACAAGUUUCUGAUACAGUAAAAUUUAGCUUUUAUGGUUAAGAGAAAAUUACUUGCCUACAAAAUUAGUUUCAACUGUUAAAACUGUACAGUUUUAAAUUUUUAACCAUUUUCUUCUGCACUUUUUAUUGUAACUACUUUGUUAUGUUUUGGAAGAAACCAAGUGAUACACAACAGCUCAUAACUAUAUUAUAAGCACAUAUUUAAAAUACAGUUUUUAAUAACUGCACGAACUAGGAGCAGUUAAAUAGUUUGAAAAAUCUCACAAUAAAAUAAUUUUGCCAGCUAGGACAGCUCUGAAGAGCACAUGUGGGAACUGGGAGAAGGGAACAAAAUUUCUUUAUAGAUGUAGGUCUGUGCCUCUAGAAAUGUCCUCUUUGGGAGCAGCACUGCUACUGAUGAAGCAAUAAUACAUCUUCAAAAUGAAGCCUAACAUGCUGAAGAAGUGAGAAGAACAUACCUGUGAUUUUAUUAACAAACUGUGAGAAUUACUGGCUUACUGUAAACUUUUCAGCAGUGUUUUUUUUCUGCACUGUUCUUUAAUGGUGAAUGUCAGUUUUGCUCUAAGGGCAGCAUGCCUAUAUAAGAAGUGCAGUUGAGCUAUUCCUUAAAAGAAUCACUGUAAAAAUAUGCAUAAUCUAGUCCAUGGUAUUAAAAAGUAAUAAUGUGAUUUAAUUUUUUCAGCUGAGUACUGUAAACUACUCCACACUACUACUAUAAACUUUUAAUCUUACCAAGUCAAUAAAUGCAUUUAUUGUGGUGUUAAUUAUA